AUGUCUUAUGAAAAAGUAUUUAAUGAAAUGGGAAAAAAUUUAGUGCAAGCUAAACAUUGCAGCUGUUCUCUCAAGGACAGCUGCUUGAAACCAAAUACUGGUGCUGCCUUUCAAGAUAUCCUUUCUACUUAUCAUUUCAUGGUGGCGUCGACAUGCCUCAUAACUGACCAAUGGGAGCCGAAUGCAGAUAUCAAAGGAUAUGACACAUUCGAUUUUAUAGUAGUUGGAGCAGGUUCUGCAGGCUGUGUAGUGGCCAAUCGGUUAACUGAAGUAACAAAAUGGAGCGUAUUACUGAUAGAAGCUGGUGGUGAUCCGCCUAUAGAAUCUUAUAUACCACAGCUCGACAAAAGUUUAAGAAAAACUCGAUACGAUUGGAACUACAAGACUGCGCCAACCGGGAGAAUAAAUCGAGCAAAUGUCGAAGAAAAAGUGGACUGGCCGAGAGGAAAGUUGCUGGGAGGGAGCAGUGGUAUUAAUGGCAUGAUUUACUUCGAAGGUUUACCUUAUGAUUACGAAAAGUGGCUUAACCUUGGUAACCCUGAGUGGCAUCCAGAUACUCUUCGCAAGUUUUUCAAAAAGUCCCAAAGUCUUCAAGAUGAGAAGUUGUUACAAAAUCCUUUAAUAAGAGAUGCAUACGGCUUACACGGACCCCAAGUCAUCAAUACUUUUAAUAGCACGUAUAGAAAUCUUACUCUAAAAGUUCUCAGUUCUUAUGACGAAAUGGGAUUUAAAAUACGAGAAGAUUUACAAACGGCACAGCUUCUAGGAUCAGGAAUAUUUAGAGCUACCGCAUACAAUGGAAGAAGGGCUAGUACAGCUACCACUUAUUUAAGUUACAUUCAAAAUAGGAAGAACUUUAAGUUAUUUAAAAACGCUCUAGUUUUAAAAGUCCUCAUUGACAACAAUAAUAGGGCUUAUGGAGUUUUAGUUAAACAAAAAGGUAAAACUAUAAAAAUAUUUGCCACGUUUGAAAUAAUUUUAAGCGCUGGAACUAUCAAUUCACCACAACUGUUAAUGUUGUCUGGUAUUGGAGAGAAGAACCAUUUGGAGGCUAAAAGGAUAAAGUGUAAAGUGGAUUUACCAGGAGUAGGUAAAAAUUUACAAGAUCAUAUGAUUCUGACAAUACCUGUUUUUAGUAAUGAACCUGGCUACGAAAAUAUAGAGGAAAAAUAUUUAGAUGUUGCACUGUAUGCUUACAAUCGGACUGGUUCCUGGGCUCAAACUAGUAUUGCUGAUAUACUUGCGUUUUUUGCUAAAGGCAAAAAUGCUUUGAUACCAGACUUCCAAAGUCAUUUGGUGAUAUUUCCUAGAAACUCAACGCGAGCUAAAAAUUAUUUUUCCAUAUAUAAGGAGCCGAUUGCACAAACAUUUGCUAAUUUAAUUGAAAAACAUAGCAUUUAUAUUUUCCAAUUUAAUUUGUUACAUCCAUAUUCACGUGGAAAUAUUUCUCUAAGUUCAAAUAAUCCUUUUGACAGUCCUUUAAUAUAUCCAAAUUAUUUUGAUGAUACAAGAGAUCUUGACGCUGCAGUAGAAGGUAUACAAAUUUUGUCAGGAAUAGUUGACACGGGUUUCUUUAGGAAUAUAAACGGGUUUCUGGGCAGAUACAACUGGCCUGAAUGCAAUGCACAUAAAACGAAUAGUGCGGAUUACUGGAGAUGUAUAGCUCCACAAAUCGUAACGACUGUAUACCACCCUGUGGGUACAUGUGGGAUGGGACCUGACCCAAGGUCAGCAGUCGUUGACAGCCGUCUGCGCGUGCAUCAUGUUAAAGGAUUGCGUGUUAUCGACGCCAGCAUAAUGCCCAAUAUCACAAGUUGCAAUACUAACGGGCCAACGAUCAUGAUUGCUGAACAUGGUUCUGAUUUAAUUAAAGAAGAUUAUGGCAUUAUAGAAAUGAGUUAAAAUACGAUAGCAAUAAUUUCAUUAUCAUCGAAAUUUAAAGCCAAAACUGUUCUUGUAUGUGGAUCAAUUCCCAACAAUCUCUUUCCUGUGCUUUUCUCUUGACUU